AUGGCAUCGAACCUCCCCAUUCCUCGCCCGCCGCGCACGCCCACUCCACCGUCGGAUGAUCCCACAAGCGUGACUGACGGCCAGCCCCAAAGGGGGUUCGCUGCAACGUACGAUAAAGAUACGUUGUCGCCAAUGGUCGACCAUUUCUCUCAAAAUGGAUCGAACGUGGAAGACCAGGACCGUUUGAGUCCUACCAGGUCAUCCUUCAAACUAAGUCCAACAGAUGGCUCUGUACAGAGUGGUGCAAGCGACAAUGGCUCUGCUGGGCCAUUCAAUUUUCAGACUACAACUAUGGCGAAGGGCCCGGUAAUGAAAUCUAACAUUGGCCAGCGACGGGGACACAAGUAUAAACAUAGUAGUAUAUCGCAUCAAAUAUUCCUCGAACCUCCUCCCCGAGCUCCUUUAGCUCUUCCGAAUUCGCUACCUAUCCCCACGCUCAAAGAAUGCCGUUCUAGCAUGUCGAAGGACCAGAAGACGCGGUUCUGGUGGAGUGUCUGCCAUAUGUUCGUUGCCGCAUACACGCUCUGGAGCGCACAUGGAUCCUUGGCUAUGACAGCGCUGUCUCAUUUGAUUCUGUUCGACUCUCUUGGGGCGUUGCUCUGCGUAGCUGUGGAUGUAUUGAGCAACUUCGAGGUGUGGAAACGAUCCUCCAUUCGCCAUCCAUUCGGGCUGGAACGAGCAGAGGUACUUGCUGGGUUCGCAAUGUGCGUGCUGCUACUGUUCAUGGGCAUGGACCUCAUCUCCCACAACCUUCAGCACUUUCUUGAGUCGAGCAACAACCAUGAGCCUCACCAUACCCAUCCUCAUGAGCGCGUCUCUGUCGGCAGUGUAGACAUCACUGCUCUGCUUGCCAUCUCGUCCACUCUGGUAUCUGCAAUUGGCUUAAAGAACCAUGCACGGAUAGGCAAGGCCAUGCGCUUUGCAUACAUUGAGUCUCUGCCGUCGGUUCUUAGCAAUCCAUCUCAUUUCCUCACCCUUUCAUGCUCGACACUGCUAUUGCUUCUCCCUCUGGUGUCUAUCAGGCUUUACAAAUGGCUUGACGUUCUUCUGUCCGUCACUAUUUCUAUCUCCAUGUGUGUGCUCGGCGUUCGCCUUGUUAAAACCCUGGGAUCCAUGCUCCUCAUGUCCUAUUCGGGUCCGGGGGUCUCGGAUGUGAUAAAGGAUAUUGAAGCAGAUCCGUCUGUUUUCGGAAUUGAUGAUGCAAGGUUCUGGCAAGUGCACUAUGGUUUGUGUAUGGCAAAUCUAAAACUUCGGGUGUCUGGUUCCGAGGAGAACCUGGUACGACUACGUGAACGCAUCUCCAGCUUGAUCAAGAAUCGACUGGGUGGGGGAUAUGGCACCGGCGGUCAGAAAUGGGAGGUUUCACUGCAAUUUACUGUGGAUAACUCAUGA